CAUAUAUGUAUAUGUUUGAAAAAGGUAUACCAUUACCAAUAAUUUAAUUUUAAUUAAGGUCAAUCAAAUAAGAAGCAAGCACUUUUUCAUUCAUUUUGGAAAUCUGGUAUAGAAACAUUUUAACGCGCCAAGGAGCGUUAGGCUUUAGCAUUGACACCGUGGGAAAAUUUAGCAAUUGCAUAGUCUAUAAUAACCACGCGCUUAGCAACGAAAGCGUGGUUGUUAUAGACUACACCUCAAAAGUUAACAUCCUUCUCCUUUUCUCCGUUGCCAUGGUGAAAUACGGGAUGCGCUUUCUAUUUCUUGAUUGGGAUUCAGAUUUUUCCUAGAUUUGUUGAAAUGUUGGUGUUAGUACAAAUAUAUUUUCACUUUUUCAAUACAUUUACAGGGUUUUCAGUUUCGAAUGUAUAUUAAAAUGUAUUGCGUUGUUUCACCGCAAUAUUUCAUGUAUUCACCGCAGGCAAAAUGUUGUUCCACAUCGACCUGACAUUUCAUUUCCAUCACAAUAAUUUUUAAUUUCUACAGUAUGAUUUUCAACACGACUCAAGCUGGAUUGAGCUUGACAGUUUUUUGUUAUGUGUUGAAAAUCAUGUGUUGAAACUGGAAUUUUGUUUUGAACCAAAUAUACCAUUUGACAAAUGUAGAAAAACAUCUUGGAUGCGGUGAAACAAUAUUUACAUUCGAAACUGACUUGGAAACCCCUGUAAAUAAGUACCCCUAAAAUACAACUAAUUACACUCAAUUAUUUUAAUUCGCCUGGUUAUGAAACAUAGCAAUUCAACACAUUAAUUCUAAUCGAUUAAUUUUGGGCCGGUCCCGUGGUCAAUCUUAGAAGAUGAUGGUCAAAAGUUCAAGCCCCGUAUGGAUCGGACCUCCAAUACGUAGGACUGAAUAUCCUGCUAUGGGCACAUCAAUUUGGCACCAGAUAUCCAAGAUUGGAGGCCUUUCCGUUUUAAGUUGGUAAGCUGAAAUUUCAGCCUGUCAGUUGUUUGCAUUGUAUACCAGUUUUCGAGCAACUAUCUAAGUGGGUAUAACAUACAGGUGGGCUUAUCCCAAGAUGUAUGAAUUUAGAAUACUGAUUUUUAUCGCUUCUGCUUCUGAAUGAAGAUUUUAAGAGUGUUUUAUGUAUUCGUCAAGCCUCCAGAAAGUUUGUUUGAACAAAAGUUUUCACCCAUCUUGUCAAAAAGUGAUAGCGGAAUUUGGGGCAAGUGUGCCAUACGGGGCAAGAGUGCCACCAAGCAUUUUUCCUUAAAAACUUUAGUUUAAUGAUCAAUUGUGUAUACAGUUGGUUGCUUUCCAAUGACUAAGUAUACUGAGCCGAAUUUCAUAUAGACAAAUCGAUAUUUCCCAUUGUUUUGAACUGAUUUAUAUUGAGUUUAAAAAAUUGAGCAGAAUAUUAUAAUUUUUUAAUCCAACCAAAUAAGCUCUCAAAAAUCAUGCGAACAAUCAACCGAGAAAAUUUUUACACCACCGUAUAGCUGAGGAAACGUGAAUUUUUUUGUGGGGUUAGUUGAAAAAAACUUUCUUUUUUUUUUUAUUCAGUAGGGACGGCUUUGCCGUAUUGCUUAAAAAAAACUUUCUUUUUGUCACUGAAAAAUUCAAUUUAAAAAAAGAUACAACUUUUGGGGCAAAAGAGCCAUCUCUAUUUGGGGCAAGUGUGCCACCAUCUUUCAUAGGCGCGAGCUGUCAAAAAUGUAAACAUUGUUGUAGCGUUCAGCGGUAUGGUGCGCUUUUACGAGCGGUUUCUACUCCGGAAAAACAGACCAGCAACAACCCAUAUUGCGAUACAGUUUGUGAUGAAAAGGGGUUCAAGACAUGUAGGAAUACAUACACUAGUGGUACAAACGUAAUAAUUUCCAAUUAUCUAAGAAAUAUGGUUGUUUUAACCAGGUGGCCGUCUUGCCCCAUACGAGUGGCACUCUUGCCCCAUAGCCCAAAAAACAACGUUUUUUUUCACCCUUUUUAAAACGCUUCAAAAACUGUUUUGUUUGCACUUUUUUCAAGCGAAACUCAUUUAUAAGUGCGGAAAUAGAUGUAAAAUGGUUAUGAGAUUUAAAUUGGCUUUUGAAAAACACGUUUUAGUGAGUUAUAACUUGAAAUGCUUAAGGUGGCACACUUGCCCCAAAUUCCGCUAUUCAAAUUUGGUUAUAAAAACAUGCUAUGAGACCAUCUGGACUACAUACACUUUGAUUCUAGAUUCCACCACGUGAUUUCUUUAACCGUCUUGUGUACGACCAAAAUCUUAUCUUAUCAAGAUUUUUUUCAAUCAAUAAUAUGUUCUAACUCCACCACCAUAACUGGCCAGGCCGCAUGUUUUAAGUGGAUGAUUAGUCUUUUUAUAAGUUUUACUUAGGUUUCUUUCAAAAGUUAUAUACAUUUUUCAAUUGUUUUGCUUGUUGUAUAAAAAUAUAUGUUGACGAUCUAUAAAAUAUGCUCAUCAUCUUUUAUUAAAAACCGGCUCCGACCGGCUCCAGACAACUUCGGAACCUCCUCCACUCCAACCCAACGGAGCCGGCUCCGCCCCCAUGGCUCCGCACCCACGGCUCCGAAGCUGACUCCGCUCCAGUGGCUCCGCACCAACGACUCCGCACCCACGGCUCCGGAGUCGGUUUUAACAGAUUGCUAAAAAAAUCCUUUUCAAUAAAGUUUCAAUGGGAAAGAUCCGUAAAUAGCUUAGUAAAUAAUGUUGUAAAAGAAUUUUGUAAAAAAAAUCGAUAAAUUUUGAACAUCGUUCAACAAUCACAUCGCGUGUUAGCUUCUACACUUGCAAGAAGAUAGAUUCGUUUUUUAGACUAUCAUACAAUGCCGUCUCUAUUGAAACGUUAGUCCAGAGCCGUUGGUCCGGAGCCGUUGAUUCACCGCCGGAGCCAUUGAUUCGUCGCCGACUUCGGGGCUGUUGGUGCGAAUCCGGCUCCGGAGCUGUUGGUGUGGAUCCGGUUCUGGAGCCGUGGGUGCAGAGCCGACUUCGGAGCCAUUGAUGCGCUCCAAAACACCCAUCCCUAUUCGGCAGUAACACUAUGACUACAGUAUGAAUGUGUGUGUUAACUUUCAGCCAAUUCUAUUUCGUUUGCUUGUAGUGGUUGGUAUCAUUUUAAAAGAGGUGAUUUCAGUGUUAAUGUCGAUAUAUUGUUACACUGUAAUACAACAUUUGAAAAAAAGGCCGGUUGGGGUGUUGGAGUUACAGCACAUUUUUGAUUGAAAAAAAUAUUGAUAGGAGUUUUUAAAUUCUAAUUUUAUAACAAUAUGUUAUAAAACAUUAUUGUGACCCUAAGACAAUUUUCAUUCAAUUCUAACUAGUAAUUCAAAAGAUAUAAGCUUUUAACCUCGAAAAACAUAAUUCUUCCAUACAAAAUGUAUAGCUUACACGGGUAGGCGGUUGUACAUGUGUAGGGUAUUUAAACUUAAAUAAUAAAAAAAAAAAUUUAACAUUUUUGGUAUUUUUUGCACAUGGGUAGAAAACAUAUUUUCUGAGGUGUAGUACCCUGGAGAUUUGACCCCUAAUUAGACCAUAGUGCCGGAUCGGAAUAUGACCAUCACCGCGACAACUGUGCGAUAAUCCGAAUGUCAAAAAUAAAGAUUAUUCGUUUACGGAUCGUUGUACUGACAACACCUUCAGCCUUCUGUUAAUUCUUCUGCCUUCCGAUUUUGUGCCUUUUAUAAGUUCAACGUUUAGUUCAAAUUAGUAAAAUUCGAGGUUUACAUCUCAGAAGUGGGAUUGUGCCAUGCCGUCUAAAGAAGAUAUGUUGUGUGCGCUGGAGAACGCGAAAGUGCCGGUGCCUCCAACCGCUACGAUUGCUCAAAUCCGCAUGUUGUACGAGGAGCUAUUUCCUAGAAGUCACGUUGUAGCCGAACAAAAGCUUGCGCCCGAAGUAACGCAUGAAAGUGUUGAUACUGGGGAUUUGGCGAUAAAGCAAAUGAAUGACGAGCAAGAAAUUGUCAAGACAGCUAAUUCUGGCGGGUUAGAGACGGAAUUAGAAACACUGCAGAAGGAGCUGCAAGUGCUCGAACUUCGUCAGAAAAUCGCUAUGCUGAAGUCAUCUAACAUCGCUUCGACUUCGCUACCAUCAUCAUCAUCACCACCACCGCUGCCUUUACCUACAGCGCAGCCAGUGCCGCCAUCUUUAACAUCGUCACCACCGCUCCCUUUGCCGCUACCUACAGCGCUGCCAGUGUAUGUACCCAACUUUGAAGACUUCAUAGGAAAAUUUAGUGGUGAAAGAGGAGGAGUAGGGGUGGAGCACUGGUUUCGAGAAUUUGAACAAAUAUGUAGCUUGUACACACUAAACGACCAGCUGAAAUUUUUCUGUAUGCGCCGCCUGCUCACCGACACCGCCGCCAUUUUUGCUAAAACCUCAGGCGCAUGCACCUAUGAGACACUGAAAGCUGACCUUAUUAGUACUUUCACAUCAAAAACUUCACUAGAAGAAGUGUUUAAAAAACUAAGGGCACGACAUCUCUCGCAACAUGAAAGCAUCACAAGGUAUGUGUUGGAAAUGCAGCAAAUAGCGGGCACCGUCAUUCCAGAGGAAGACUUGGUCAAUAUUAUAAUUGACGGAAUUGAUGAUCCUAUUAAUACGUCAUCCAUACGUUUCGCUGCAAAAUCGCUCGAGCACCUUAAAACCCUGCUGAAAAAAUACGAAACUUUUCGUCAAACUCGUGGCGUGACUCCUACACCAGCACCGUUACGCACUAAACCCCCAGCUCCACCCCGCAGCACUGGCCCCUCGCGUCAAUGGGCGCAGAACAACAAUAAUGAACCGGCCAGAUGCUUUAACUGUUCUCAAUUCGGCCAUUAUCAAAGCGCUUGCCCAAUGCCACGCCGCCCCAAGGGAUCCUGUUUUAAAUGCCACCAAAUGGGACAUACACAUCGAGAGUGCCGAAACUUCCAGCCCGUUAGGACUGCUGCGGUGCACCAUCUGGGUUCCCAUGGAUUCGAUGAGGAAACUGCGGACCAAAUACUGCUUAGCGAAAUUGAAACGCCGACCCAAACGGAUAAUUAGUGACCGAGGUACCUGCUUCACGUCCAACCAGUUCGAAAAUUUCCUUAGAUCAAAUGAGGUACAGCAUGUACUCAACGCUACUGGUUCACCACAAGCAAACGGACAAGUCGAAAGGGUUAACCGCGUACUUCGACCCAUACUCAGCAAACUUUCGGACUCUUAUGAUCACGAUGAUUGGAAUUUGCAUUUACUGGAUGCUGAAUAUGCGUUGAAUAAUUCAAAGCACGCCAGUACGAAGUUUUCACCCUCAGUUCUCCUGUUUGGUAUUGAACAACGGGGUCAUUUAAUUGAUGAACUAACGGAGUUUUUAGACGAGCGUCGUGGAAGUACACUAAAUGAUUUAAGCGACAUUCGGGCUGAAGCAUCGGCAAAUAUAAUUAAAUCUCAGCUUACCAAUGAGGCCUAUUUUCGUAAAAAUCAUAAACCAGCAGCUAAAUAUGAAGUUGGAGAUUAUGUAGUAAUGCGGAACAUUGAUAGCAACACUCAGCAGAAUAAGAAGUUGAUUCCUAAAUAUAAAGGUCCGUACAUAGUCCAUAAGGUAUUGCCUAACGAUCGCUAUGUCAUUAGGGACAUUGAGGGCUGUCCAAUAACUCAGAUGCCAUAUGAUGGCAUAUUAGAAUCAAACAAGUUGAAGAAAUGGAGUGAGCCGUAUGAAACCGUUAACGAAAUUUGAAUUACUAAUCUUUACACAUAAAUUGAGGUCAAUUUGUUGGUUAGGAUGGCCGAGCUGUAGUACCCUGGAGAUUUGACCCCUAAUUAGACCAUAGUGCCGGAUCGGAAUAUGACCAUCACCGCGACAACUGUGCGAUAAUCCGAAUGUCAAAAAUAAAGAUUAUUCGUUUACGGAUCGUUGUACUGACAACACCUUCAGCCUUCUGUUAAUUCUUCUGCCUUCCGAUUUUGUGCCUUUUAUAAGUUCAACGUUUAGUUCAAAUUAGUAAAAUUCGAGGUUUACAGAGACAUUUUUAAAAUUUGAAGUCGAUACGAUUUUUUAAUCCAAAGUUAUUUUGGAAUAAAGAUGCAAAACUUACACGGGUAGGCGGUUAUACACAUGACGGUUAAUGCACCUUGGGGUAAAUGUAAACAACACCGUGUUUUGCCAUUUUUCGAGCAGGUACUCGAAUCUAAUUCUAGCUUUGAGACUAGUAUAAUCUAGACUGAAAAUUGCAGGCUAGUUUUGUGUGGUUUUGUAUGGGGUGUUUACAUGAUUUCAGCCUCCAACUGUCAAACUCCAUACAAAAAGCUGACUAGAAUCGUGAAGGGCCCCAUUAUUAUUGGCAAAAGUAGGCUUACACCAAAAACUUGGUUUGAUAUAAGUAGAUCUAAACUUGGAAAUGAUGCAAGAAUCGGGGUAUGAUCAACUACCAGGAUUUUUGAACGGGCCUUUUUAAAGAUAAAAGAAUUAGGAAGAUUUAUCCGAUGACGGAAACUCAGAUACGCAGGCCAGCAGACUCCUUUAAAAUCAGAUUAUAGGUCCGCAUUAUCAUUCAGAAGCAAUGACUAUUAAGUUCUUUGAUAGUAAUAAUUAAAAAAAUCCUGUAUAAUGGCAGCCUAUAGAUUAAGAAAAAUAAGAAAAAUCAAAAGUACACUAAAAGUAAUAACUGGUAAAAAAUCAAACCAACUACAGUCUGAACUCACUGGUUGAACUUCGAAUCCCUGCCAACUAUUGAAUAGGGUAAAUGUACCAGUAUUGGGCAGGUUAGUGCAGCAGUUUCACAAAAACUGCUCGUACACUUACAAUUUGUAUUACUUUUCAUGAAAGUGACAUUAGUUUGAACGAUAAACUAUCGUAUUAUGUUGUGCUAUUUUUUAUUUGCCGAUUUAAAUGUAUUUUUUAGAGAUAUUCGUGAAAAUGCAAAUACUGGUAUUGUUCCUAUUUUCGGCAGUUUGGUCCUAUUUUUGGCAGCUGUGCUCCUAUUUUCGGCAACGCGAAUACGGGUCGGUAAAUGUUUUAAUCAAUGCCAAUAGAUAGACAAAAAUGUUUAAAACAGUUUUACACUUUCAUUUUCCUAAGAUUUGUGUUGUAAAGUACUUAAAUUAUAAAUUUUAUGUUGCCCAUAUUGGGCAUUUUGCUGGCAAUUUUUAGAGUCAUUUUGAUUUGAUUUACAAACAAAGUAGGCACUGGAGAAAUAAGACUGCCUGACGGCUAUAGAGUACGGCAAAUUAAUAUUUUUCUCUCAAGUUAUUUGAUUAUUUAUAGUGAAAAUGGUGAUAUUUGAUAGAAGAAAUGUCAUUUUAUGUGUCGACAUACACAUUGCAGUUUUCUGAUCAAGUUAUAAAUGAAUAUUCAGCCAAAUCAAAAGUGUAUUUUUGUUUCAAGUCUCGGCAGGAGCCAACAGCAUUGAUCUGUCAAAAAUCUACAUUUACCGUGUACCUAUUUUCGGCAGCAUUUAAUGUGAAUAAUUACUUGUUUUUAGUGAUGUUAAAAUUCCACGCGGGCUAGUAUAAAAUCUGCAACCAAAUAAUAUUUCAUAAAAACCACACUUUCAUUGCUUUGGUGUUCUGAUUCUCUUAAAAAUGAAACUUGCCGAACUAUUGCCUGACAGCAAAUCUGCCAAAAAAUUGUGAACUCCGCACAUUUUGUUUGAAAUUUUGAAAAAUAUGCAAGGAAAUGAUGUGAUACUUCGUAUAUGAAAAACAAAUGAGUAUAUCUCUUUUUAAAAAAUAUGUGUGGAGACUAUUCUCAACGCGUUUUUGCGUAAUUACACGUUUUUAGUUACCCUGCCGAAAACAGGUACACUGCCAAAUACUGGUACAGUAUUUAAUUUUCCUUUUAUUACUGGUACACUGCCAAAUACUUUUUUCAUAUUUUUCUCGGCAAGCCAUGAGAUUUUUGUGAAAUUUUCAAAACCCGGUUUUUCCAUACAAACGCUUGCUUUUAAUUGAGCUGUCAGCCAACUAUCGAGCGUUCAACUAAAAAGCAUGCCAACUAAAAAGCGUUCAACUAUUGAAUUCUUACGGUAUUAUUUUUCCUGUCAAGUGAUUGGAUUAUUUAUCGUGAAAUUGAUUAUAUUUAAUACAACAAAUGUUGGCAGGAGCCCACAACAUUGAUCUGUCAAAAAUCAACAUUUACCGAGUACCUAUUUUCGUCAGAAUUUAAAGUUAAUAAUUACUUGUUUUCCAUGAUUUUAAAAUUCCAAGCGGGCUAGAAUUAUGCAACCAAUGAAUCUUUCAUAAAAACAACACUUUCAUAGUUUUACUGCUAUGGUUCUCUUAGUAACGAAACCUGCCGAACUAUUAGCUGACAGCAAAUCUACCGAUAAUUUUUUAACUCUGCACAUUUUAUUUGAUAUUUUGAAAAAUAAUAGUUAAUUUUGCAAUCGAAUUUAUGGCAAUUAUCGAAGGCAUUUUUGUAAAAACCAUGGCGUAUGAUAUUUGAUUUUGGUGUAGAGUAUUUACUCAUACUCUUUCACUGUUCGUACUUCUUAGUCCAAGUUACAGUUCUUAUUUACAUCAUGGGACAACCUAUCAGAUUAACUCAGAUUAUAUAAAAAACUAUUCAUGAUUAUUUACUUUUUCCAGUUCAUUUUCACAUGGUCCAUGUUGUUAUCAAUUCUGUGGUUCGUAAUUCCACUUAUACUUUUUGGUUUAUUCCCAAAUUUUGUUAUUACGGCACAAUGGCAUAGCUGUGCCAGGGUGUAUCCUGAUGUAAGGGAGCAUGGUUUUAUUUACCACACUUACUAUCAUGUUCCCUCAUACUAUCUGGUAAAAUUCUGAAACUUAUCUCUUUCUAUAUACCAGUGUAGAGAGAGAUAAAGUAGUCUGAUCAAAGUAGUCUGGUUAGGAGCUACGCUCUUUUGUUUCAUAAUUUGCACACGCUACAACAGUCGUUACUUUUCAAGCGAAAUUAACGGCAGUAACGCACCGUUAGUCGUUGCUAGAAUUUGUAUUAUAGACUAGUAAAAAUGGCCCGGUUACGGCAGCAGCGUUUAUUGAGAGGCAUAUGAGAAUUGCGCUUCAAUCAACCUUUUUUUUGGAUCGUUUGUAAAAUAUGUUUGUGUGUGUACAUUAUGUACAGUCAGUCCAAAAAGUAUUCAUCUAUCUGAAUAUUUUACAGAAAAAGACUAAUUAUGGCCGCAAUAGGCAUGGGACGGUAAAAGUAAUCAUGGGGUUUGAUAAAGGGACUAUCAAUACACACGCACUGCUAAAAAUAAGCAUUAAAUAGUGCAAUAACAAUUAAAUUAAUUAAAAAACUAAAAAAGUCGUCUUUUUGGCGCGCAAUAAGUAUUCGUCUAUCAGACUUUUUAAUCAUUUACGCUGGCUGGCGCUUUCCAAGACCGCAUUAUAUUUUUGGUACUUGUAAAUUUUAUUUUCAAACAUUCCUAUGACCUUGACCUGUUUCCAGGGUAUUCCCUCAUUUUGAGAUUUUAAAAGGUCUACUAAAUGUGAGUCAGUGUAUUUUUCGCUCAUCCCAAUUAUCUUUACACGUGACAAUGGUAAAUCCGUUGCACACUCAUCUCCCAAAAUGUUUUCUACUUCUUUCCUGAGUUCAUCUAAUUUAACCUGAGCAGAACAUUGAACAUACACCUGACCGUCCUUGCCGUUACGGAAUUCCGACACCUACUGCUUCCUUGGAUCCAACUUAGCGCGAAGGUCAGCUCUUGUCUUAUCACAAGAUUGACCCACCUUUGGUACAAUAACCAGAGUCUUACUAUUCUUAUUGUUGUUUGCUAAAAUGGGUCCUGUAACCUUGUCAGAAAUCUUAGGCGUCGAAUUAGCAUUCCCCGUGUCAAAACGAUUAAUAAUGGUUUGAACAUUACUGUUCCCACUAUUCGUCCUUUUUCUUUUCUUAGUCUGUAGCCCAACUUUCAUCCUCUACUGUUUCUCUGGCCUUAGUAUCGUUAAAGGUUGCACGCAAGGCUUCCUUUGCCUUAUUUGAGCAUUCUACCGCACUCAAGCUUUCACGCAAUGUUUGCUCCAAUUUGCGUUCUACUUGUGCGCAGAGCUCAGUUUUUAGAGUCUCGAUUCCCUUUUCCAAGGCACUCGAUAUCCAUACACUCACAUUCGACUCCAAAUUUUUUAUGGAUUGUGUGAGUAAAUCGUACGAUCCACUCACAUCUACAUCCAUAUCCGCCAAGCCCGAUUUGUGUUCUAAACAUCUAUCACACAUAUACAGCAUAUUCUUAUUUUCAUUAAUUAUUUUGGCCACUGUUUUCGACAGCGAGGGGGUAACGCAGCGACGAUGAAAGUUGCCACCACAUUUUCCCGCACACAAAAUCUAGUCAUCGUUUAUUCAAACUACGGCGGAGCAUGCUAAACACUCCAUGCCGUAAAAACAAAAUUUAGGCGAGCUGUUUUAGAAUUAAAAAAAUUAUCACACAGACAUGAAUAAAAGGUAACAACAAAUGCACACAAACACUACUCUACUACAGCCUGCGAUAUCAAACGCUUACAAUCGUGUACACGUCUUGACAAACGGACAACGAUACGUAUGUCUAGCAUGAACACAAACACAUACCGAGCAAAGAUUAAUCACUUUCGACAACGCAGUGACGCUGUCGACCGAGAUACAGGCGUCCCCCGAGUUACGACCCCCUCGAGUUACGACGAUUCGCAGAUACGACGAUUUUGAUUUUGACAGUUACAAGUUGUCAUUGACAAGAAAUUGAUGUAUUUUUUUGAAUAUCUGGGCUGAUAACCGUUAUACACACAUUUCCAAAGAUUCCACAACUACCCUAUCUUGAAUAUUUACAUUGUGUACGGUUUUUAAAAUAUAAUUAUUACAUUAUCAAACAUUAUUUUAAAUAAAAUACACGAUAUCAUAAAUUCCGACUCUUCAACUUCGGUUAUAAACUUAACAUUCAUAGAUAUUCAACAUACGACUUUUUCGACUUACGCCUUGCUUUGGAACAUUUUUUCGGUCCCAAAUACAGUCGUAUCUCGGGGGACACCUGUACUUCACCCGUGUUUUACAUUCACAAAACAAUAAUACAAAUACUAAACAAUAAUGCCGCAGGUAGCACUAACAUUAAGUAACAAGUAGAACAAAACAAAAUAACACCUAGCUCUCUAUUUCACAAGUUUUCACAGUUCACAAACGGGAGCUACACAUUCACAGGACUGCACUUGUCACCAUUCACCUCAAGGUCAUUUUCAAGAAUAUCGCUAUAAAAUGCAUUUGAAACGGCAAAUAAAAAAUAGCACAACAUAAUACGAUAGUUUAUCGUUUAAAAUAACGCCACUUUCAUGAAAAGUAAUAAAAAUUGUAAGUGUACAAGCAGUUUUUGUGAAACUGCUGCACUAACCUGCCCAAUACUGGUACAUUUACCCUAUAUAGAUUUAUGAUUGCUUAAUUUUCGUUUUUUUAUAUUUUAUAAAUUAAAUUGUGGAUGAUGUACCUUUUCAAAUAAAUUAUUUAUGUAUUAAAAUUCAUACUGUUUGCGAUAGAUUUACUUUACAUUUAGAUCAGAUAUUCCAGGUAAUAUCAACUCGCGUGGUACCAUGGUAUACGCCCUACCGAAUCCCGGAAAUGUCGUAUGCCGU